UUCUCCGAAGAUGAAAUUCUGGAAGAUUCUUAGAAGAUUGCUUGACGAGAUAUUCCCGGAUUGGCAGGACGAGUUCAUAUCUUACAAAGAUUUGAAGCAGCAGCUGAAAUUGAUCUACCCGGUCGAAAAUCUCGUGGAUGAUGAUGAUAAUAUCGAGAGAUCUACUAAACGCCCCAGAUUGCGAGAUGAUAAUCAAAGGGAUGAAUCGAAGGAGGUGACGCAGGAGAUGAAAUUUUUUGUGAAGCUUUUGGAGAGGGAGAUUAAGAAAUUUAAUUGCUUUUUCAUGGAUAAAGAGGAAGAGUACGUUAUCAGAUUUAAGAUGCUGAAAGAAGACGUGGCCGAGGCAAAGGAUUCGAGAGAAGAGCUUAUGAAAGUCGGAAGAAAGCUCGUCGAUUUUCACGGAGAAAUGAUUUUGUUGGAAAAUUACAGUGCUCUUAAUUACACAGGAUUGCUUAAGAUUUUGAAGAAGUAUGACAAGAAAAGUGGUGAUCUGAUUCGACUGCCUUUCAUCCGGAAGGUUCUACACGAGCCCUUCUUCAGGACGGAGCUAGUAAAUAAGCUAGCAAAGGAGUGUGAGAUAAUGAUCUACCGCAUUUUCUCGCGGAACGAGAAAUUGGGCCCACCGGAAUAUCCGGACGAGGCGGCGGCUGAGGAAGAGACGGAAAAACUCGAAGUUCCGGAAGAACUCGAGGAAAUUAAAUGCAUGGAGAAUAUGUAUUUGAGGCUUACUAUAUCAGCCUUAAGGACCCUAAAAGAAAUCAGAAGUGGAAGCUCCACACUUGACAUUUUCUCUUUACCUCCAAUCAACCAAUAAUCAAUAAUGUAAAAUCCCAUUGUAAAGCAAUAAUAAUCAAUAAUGUAAUUUUGUGUUGAUGUAUUAGUUUUUUCCACUUA